CACACACACACUCCCUCUCUCUCUCUCUCACACACACACGCUCACCGAGACACUUUGGAUGGACUGAGAAAGCUUGCAGGAGACGCGAACAAGCCAGAGAAACUAUUCCCAGAGGUUUGACUUCUGAAGGUUCCAGGAUACUUUGUGCGCUUUUGAAGUUUCUUGGUUAAGAAACGCACCGAAGAUAUCACGUGCCAUGCAGCACUACGGCGUUAAUGGGUAUUCCCUCCACGCCAUGAACUCACUGAGCGCCAUGUACAACCUCCAUCAGCAGGCGGCUCAACAGGCCCAGCACGCACCCGACUACCGGCCGUCCGUACACGCGCUCACGCUCGCCGAGAGGCUGGCUGACAUUAUACUCGAGGCUCGUUACGGCUCUCAGCAUCGUAAGCAGCGACGGAGUCGCACAGCCUUCACCGCGCAGCAGCUCGAGGCUCUGGAGAAAACCUUUCAGAAGACACACUACCCGGACGUGGUGAUGCGUGAACGCCUGGCCAUGUGCACCAACCUGCCCGAGGCGCGAGUCCAAGUGUGGUUCAAGAACCGGCGUGCAAAGUUUCGUAAGAAGCAGCGCAGCCUGCAGAAGGAGCAGCUCCAGAAACAGAAGGAUGCCUCACCUGAAGGAACAUUAGGAGCGAGCGAUAAGACCGACCCUCCCUCGAGCAUAAACCUGGAGAAUCCCGUUCCUCCUUCAUCCACGUCUUCUUCCUCCUCCAUCGAGGCUGAGGGGCCGUCAGAGCUGAGCGUGGAGCUCAACGUGACCUCGGCGGAGCAGUCAGGGAGCGAGUCGGCCACCGAGGACAACACGACCGACAGGGAAGAGGAGCUAAAGCUUCACCAGGACGACAUGAAGGCAGACAAGUCUGGGAGUCUUUCACCUCCCUGUAAACGCCUCAGCCCCAAACCAGAUUCCCCUCUCUGCUCGCCGGCGAUCACGUCCGGGGCGAACAGCGUGACGGGAGGCAUCCCUCAGAGCCAUUCGUACUCGUCGUCGCCACUGAGCCUCUUCCGUCUACAGGAGCAGUUCCGCCAGCACAUGGCCGCUACUAACAGCUUGGUGCAUUACCCAUCGUUCGACAUGGCCGCCCCGUCCUCAUUACCCUACCUGGGUAUGAACGUGAGCGUCCCAGCACCACUGGGUUCGCUGCCCUGCCAGUCGUAUUACCAGUCCCUGUCUCAGCACGCGCAGCAGGUAUGGAGCGGCCCUCUGCUGCAGGCCUCCGCCGCGCUGCCCGGCCACAACAGCAAGACGAGCAGCAUCGAGAACCUGCGGCUCCGUGCCAAGCAGCACGCUGCCUCACUCGGCCUCGACACCAUGCCAAACUAAACACUAACUGCAACAACACAGGACUCGCUCGGCCGAACGAAUCCCCCGGCUACCACCUGGAUCCUCAAAGACACUGAGCAAAAUCUAUGUACGAAAAAAAAUGGUGUCAUUUCUGAGCCAGUAUUUUCCCCCCCUCAAUUGUUUAUGGGUAAAAUUUUAUUUUUGUAUUUAUGUUUUUUAUUUUAUUAUCAGUGAAAUCUUUUGAUCAUUCUAGUUCCUGGACUAGAAGGUGCACCCCUUCAAAUAAAAUUAAAGAUGAACUCACAUACCAUUUUAUAGAAUAAUUUAUCAGCCCAAUAACAGAAUUCCAACAUGCAUGUUAACGUUAACAAAAAAAGAAAACACGGUAAGUGUGCUUUAUUGAACACAUUAAGAAAAUGAAACAUGUUUAGUGUGUGCAGGCUGCAAAUGUCCCGCAAAAAAAUAAUGCCAAUGCUAAUUACUGUUUUAAAACACACAUACACAUUACUGGAAACUUGCUUAAUUGUAGCACUUUUUUUUCCAGGAAAGUGUCAUGCACUCCAUGCACUGAGGCCAUUUAAAUUCAAUUAGUCCAAGUGCUCAAAUUACACAUUACAUAAUUCUGUACGUAACAGGGAAAUCCCUGCCUUGUAACACGGGAUUGUUUAAUUAAACCUGUCUAAUUCAGCUGUUUUAUGGGCAGCGUUUAAACCGUGUUAAACUGCAAAUGGCCGGAUAAUUAGAAAAUAAUAUCACUGACUCCAUAUGCAAAGCUUUUAAUUACAUUUAGCCUGGGGCUGAGGAAGGAAUGCAAUUACAGGCUAUGCAUAUCAUUUCAUCGCUGUAUAUCGAACGCUCAAAGGGGGGGGGGGAAUAAUAAUUGCGACCGACAGAAAAUUCCUGCUUCUUUAUUUCCGUGCAUGUUAGCGAUGUGGCACAAUUCGCCGGGACAAUGGAGAUAUAAAGUAAAUAAAUUAAACCAUGCUCAGAGUAAUUUUGUGGCAACGGAACACAUGUUGAUACACAGAAUUUUUUUGUUUUAUUAGUUUUGUUUUUUUUUUCAUUUGGGGGAAAAAGUUUUAAAAAAGGUAGCACUUCCACAUACAGGAAGUCCACAUGGACAGCACUUCCUCCUAAAGCGUUCUGCUUUGUAAAUUACACAAAGUCUUUUAUCUAUAAAUGUUUACUGGUAAGGUAUAAUGUAAAAAGUUUUAUGUUUUAGAUGGAGACGGACGCGUCCCGCCUCCCGUGAUGAUUCUCGUAGCUGUCCGUUGUGGAGAUUUGUACGAGGUGGACGCUCGUCCUGCGUCAGAUAUUUAACCUUUAACAGUCUGGUCGUAUAUAUAUCUAUCUAUGUAACUCCUCCAGUUGGUUUUCAUUGUUGCUGUGGUAAUAAAGUUUAACUCGCUCGCACUGUUUCCAUCACAGUUAAGUGGUGAACCCGUAGUGUACACUGGUGCCGGGUAAGAGCAAAUAUAUCCCUUAUACGUUUUUCUCUAUUGCAACUGUAGGCUUGAGAACUUGUAAAA